AUGACUAGCUGUCUUCAUUCACUAUGGCCACUGUUAGCCUUCGGUCUAACUUAUGUUUCUACUCAACGAAGCUUCUCUAUUGACCACGAUAAUAACCAGUUUUUAAGAGAUGGGAAGCCUUACCGAUAUAUCUCCGGAUCAAUCCACUACUUUCGGACCCAUCCUGAUCAAUGGGAAACUCGUUUACAGACGGUUCGAGCAGCUGGGCUGAACUCCAUCGAGACGUACAUUCCAUGGAAUUUUCAUGAAACCUACAAAAAUAAAUAUGACUUCUCGGGAAUGCGAAACUUUUCACGAUUUUUUGAGCUGGCAGCUCAGAAUGAACUUGCGGUGAUCGUCCGACCAGGGCCGUACAUCUGUGGUGAAUGGGAGAAUGGUGGCUUACCAUACUGGUUACUGAAAUAUCCUAACAUCACUCAACGAAGUUCGGAUCCAAAUUUUCUUCGCGAAUCUCUUGCAUGGUGGGACGUGCUGCUGCCAAUGAUAAGGCCAUAUCUUUGGCAAAAUAAUGGCCCCGUAAUCAUGAUCCAGAUCGAAAACGAAUAUGGCAGUUUUGGAUGUGAUCAUGUGUACCUCCGUGCGCUGCGAGACAAAGCUAUUGAAAAACUCGGAAACGAUAGCGUACUCUUCACGACCGACCCACCGGAGACGAUCGAAUGUGGUGUGAUCGACGGAGUUUACGCCACAGUGGACUUUGGUGAACGAGGGUUGAUUCUAGCUGAUGACUAUUUCAAAAUUCAAGACGACGCCAAUAAAAAGAUUUUGGAACUGACUGAGAAACUAUACAACAUGAAUGCAUCGUUCAAUUACUACAUGUUCCAUGGUGGUACAAACUUCGGUUUCUGGAACGGGGCCGAAUACGCCGCAGGGCUGGACCAGCCGAUGGGUUUCGUUAAAUACUCUGUUCACUUGAAUGUUGGCGGAAGUGUGUUGGACUGUAGUGGAGUGAGAGAUUUCGGCUAUGUGUUUGUAAACAAACAGUUCAGAGGUCGAGUAAGUCCUCACUACAAACCACAUGAAGUAAAAGAACUGCAAUUGUCACUGAAAAGAAACGAUUUGUUGGAGAUUGUGGUGGAAAAUCAAGGUCGACUGACGUGGGAGACGAUCAACGAUUACAAGGGAAUAGUGAAUCCGGUGAAGUUGGACGGAGCACAGCUUACCGGGUGGACUUCAUGUGCAGUCGAUGUGGAACAACUCGUUGAUGUCACAGCACAGUCUUCGGUCUCGAGCGUAUUCAACGUUGGUGACGUCUUCCGUGGUGAUUUGACACCCACCGGAAAGGGUGACACAUUCAUCGAUAUGUCCAACUGGGGAAAAGGUGUGGCAUGGUUGAACGGCUUCAACCUUGGUCGCUAUUGGGCCAGUGCUGGUCCUCAGAAGUACCUCUACGUACCGGCGCCAUUGAUAACCACCGGAAAGAACUCGCUGGUGUUUUUGGAGUUGGAGAAGCUUUCAUCGGACUGUAAGGGAACUCAAUGCAGCAUAAAUCUCCUCGACCAUCCAUUACUGUAUAAGUAA